AUGGCAGAGACGAAGCGGCCAGUGGGCCUGUUGUUUGACAUCGGAGGAGUGUGUGUUGUGUCUCCAUUCCAAGCGAUCCUCGAUUACGAACUCUCCCAGAACAUACCUCCAGGAUGGGUCAACUUCAGUAUCUCGCGAACGUCCCCAAACGGUAGCUGGCACAAGCUCGAACGAGGCGAUAUAGAAAUGAACGAGGACUUCUUUGCUGGGUUCAAUGCAGACCUGCGCAACCCCGACCUUUGGAAGCAAUUCCACGAACAGCUUCAGAAGAAGCAAGGCACAAGCGAUGCGGCCAUCCCCCCACUCCCCACUGUGGAUGCCGAAUGGCUGUUCUGGGAGAUGAUGCGGAUCUCGCGCACACCAGACCGAUAUAUGUACCCGGCUCUUAAGAAGCUGAGAGAGUCAGGGCAGUUCCUCAUGGGCGCGCUAUCCAACACCGUGAUCUUCCCGGAGGGGCAUGAGUACAAUAAUACUACCGAUGUGAAGAAACAAUUUGAUUUCUUCAUCUCUUCAGCACACACGGGUCUUCGCAAACCCGACUCGAAGAUUUACCAGGUGGCGUUACAGGAGAUGGAUAGUUUGGCAAAGCAGCGAGGGCUGCCAGGUACCAACCCCAACGACAUUGUGUUUUUCGACGAUAUCGGCGAGAACCUCAAGGGGGCAAAGACAGCCGGUAUGCGCACCGUCAAAGUCACACUUGGAAAGACAGAGGAUGCUGUGAAAGAGUUAGAGAAACUCACUGGCCUACAACUGUUAGACGAUUCUAAGGCUCGAUUGUGA